UGGCACCCAGACCAGGAAAAAGUGUUGCUCAUUUUGGACCAGUUGUGAAUUUUGAGUGAAGUAACAGGAAAAGUAGAAUCCAGGAGGGCAGAGAACAAGAUGAGUUCCCAGCCUCUAUGGGCCGUUUGGGCACAGUUCCUCCUGCUGUUACCACUGCUGCUGCUGCUGCCUGUCCCCUGGGUAGAGGCCAGAAGGUCCAGAGCCUCGAUGCCCUGUCCCGAGGCCUGCGAUGCCUCACGCUGCCCGCCACUACCCACCUGCUCGACCGGCACAGCUCCGGUACCCGACCGCUGCGGCUGCUGCCGCGUGUGCGCUGCAGCAGAGGGUCAGGAGUGUGGCGGGGCGCGGGGCCGACCAUGCGUGUCGGGGCUGCGCUGCGGUGCACCGUUCUCCCGGGAGCCUGCGGGGGGCGCAUGGCUGGGCACCUGCGGCUGCAUGGAGGGCGUGGAGGGCGCAGCGGUGUGCGGCAGCAACGGACGCACCUAUCCCAGUCUGUGCGCACUCCGGAAGGAGAACCGAGCCGCACGCCUGCGGGGCUCGCCCCCGGCAGUACCGGUGCAGAAGGGAGGCUGCGGGGAGCCAGGGACCAGAAGUGCAGGGUGGCUCCGGAGGAAGUAUAACUUCAUCGCAGCGGUGGUGGAGAAGGUGGCGCCAUCUGUGGUUCACUUGCAGCUGUUUCGCAGGUCACCUCUCACCAACCAUGAGAUCCCUGCCUCCAGUGGCUCUGGGUUCAUAGUAUCUGAGGAUGGGCUCAUCGUCACUAAUGCCCAUGUCCUCACCAACCAUCAGAAGAUCCAGGUAGAGCUCCAGAGUGGGGCCCAGUAUGAAGCCACUGUCAAAGACAUCGACCAUAAACUGGAUCUUGCGCUGAUUAAGAUUGAGCCAAAUACUGACCUUCCUGUGUUGCUGCUGGGGAGAUCAUCUGAUCUCCGGGCCGGAGAGUUUGUGGUGGCUUUGGGCAGCCCAUUUUCUCUGCAGGACACAGUGACUGCGGGGAUUGUCAGCACCACACAGAGAGGCGGCAAAGAGCUAGGACUGAAGGACUCAGACAUAGACUAUAUCCAGACAGAUGCCAUCAUUAACCACGGGAAUUCUGGGGGGCCGCUGGUGAACUUGGAUGGUGAUGUGAUUGGUAUAAACACAUUGAAGGUGACUGCAGGAAUCUCCUUUGCAAUUCCCUCGGAUCGGAUCAGACAAUUCCUGGCAGACUAUCAUGAGCGCCAGUUGAAAGGAAAGGCCCCUUCACAGAAGAAAUACCUGGGUCUUCGAAUGUUGCCCCUCACUCUGAACCUCCUUCAAGAGAUGAAGAGGCAAGAUCCAGAUUUCCCUGAUGUGAGUUCUGGAGUUUUUGUAUAUGAAGUGAUUCAAGGAACGGCUGCUGCAAGCUCUGGGUUGAGAGAUCAUGAUGUAAUUGUCAGCAUAAACGGGCAACCCGUCACCACCACAACUGAUGUCAUUGAAGCUGUUAAGGACAAUGAUUUUCUUUCCAUCACUGUGCUUCGAGGAAGUCAAACCUUGUUUCUGACAGUCACACCUGAGAUAAUCAAUUAAGUAUUUUACUUUGGAAAACUGACUAGCAAAAGCAGUUAUAUGUUACCUGUUUGUAUCAAAGAAGUGGCAAAGAUGGCUUUAGGACAUUAAGAAAAAUGGAUACUUUGAAUGCA